UGUAUUUGAUCAUAAAUGCAGUGUAAUGUGUAGCCCUGUCUCCUCAUGUGAUGGUAUCACAUGACAAGUGAGUAUAUACUGAGAAUUUAACCAGUUCCUUUUUAUGUUUUAAUUUCCAGGUACCCUCACAGGACUAGUUAGUAAGUGGGUUAAGUAUCAGCAGUAACAGUGGGGUCAGUCAGGUGUUUGGGAGGUCACGGAGGUAGUGGAGCUGGAUGCAUGAGAAGGAUUCAUGGGCCUGAAGGACCAUCUGGAGGAUGGGACAGGCCACAUCCUCAGCCCAGGGCUGGAUCUGGACUACCUACACGUGGAAGGUGCUGAACGGCAGGCUGGGAAUUUAGGAGCGGGUGUCACUGUUAAAAGCAGCAAUACUGUUGUUAGCAGAGGCAUUAGCUCUAUCAUUCAUUCAAGCAGCAGUAGCAGUUGCAGUAACUUUUCUGAAGAGAGUGCUAUCUCUGACAGUGAAGAUGAAAGGCUUCAGACUGGGUCUGGUUCUGACUCUAAAACACUGCACCACGAUCAGCUUCACCUACACCAAAGGGAGGAGUCCUCAGUCUUUCAGCCAGUCAGGCUGGACCUGGCACCAAAUACGUCUCCUGGAGACCCCCCGGAAACAUCUUUGACUGACCCCAUCACACACUGCCGCACGAAGGUGGAGUUCGCACUCAAACUAGGCUACCCCGAAGAGCUAGUGUUGCUGGUCCUGAGGAAACUAGGCCCUGACGCACUUAUCAAUGAUAUACUGGGAGAGCUGGUUAAACUGGGAACCAAAAUAGAGAUGGAUCAGAAAGGAGGUCAAGCUGUCUCACAGUCUCCCUCGUCCUCUUUGUCCUCCUCGGUGGCCUCCACCUCCAACUCCUCUCUGGAUUCUUCUCGGCUACUGUGUCCAUCCCACCUACUAGAAGACAAAGAAAACCUGCGACCUGUUGUUGUGGAUGGAAGCAAUGUAGCCAUGAGUCAUGGGAACAAGGAAGUUUUUUCCUGCCAAGGUAUCAAGCUAGCAGUUGAUUGGUUCUUGGAGCGAGGCCACCGUGACAUCACAGUUUUUGUCCCUGCUUGGAGAAAGGAGCAGUCGCGACCUGAUGCUCUUAUCACAGACCAAGAGAUCCUGCGGCGUCUGGAGAAAGAAAAGAUCUUGGUUUUCACUCCAUCGCGACGCGUUCAGGGACGUCGUGUGGUUUGCUACGAUGACAGAUUCAUCGUCAAACUGGCCUACGAGUCAGAUGGUAUAAUUGUUUCAAACGACAACUACCGUGAUUUAGCGAAUGAGAAGCCAGAGUGGAAGAAAUUUAUAGAUGAGCGCCUGCUGAUGUACUCGUUUGUAAAUGACAAAUUCAUGCCACCUGAUGACCCGCUGGGACGCCAUGGACCUAGUCUUGAGAAUUUCUUGAGAAAGAGGCCUGUUAUUCCUGAACAUAGAAAGCAGCCAUGUCCUUAUGGAAAAAAGUGCACAUAUGGCCACAAGUGCAAGUUUUAUCACCCUGAAAGGGGUAGUCAGCCCCAGCGAGCUGUGGCAGAUGAACUCCGUGCCAGUGCCAAAAUUUCAUCAGUAGCUUCAAGAGGCCUGCUGGAACAUGCCCUGAUGGCGAAGAGCCAAAAAAAUGGUCAAUCAGAAGGAAUGGCUGAGGCGCAGCUGAUUCGGGAUACCGGAAAAAACCAGCCAAAUCGGAGCCUUCAGAGCUCCUUCAGUGAGCUCUCGGAGGACAAAACUCAGAUCAGUUCCAAAGUGGAGGAACAGAGGAGAAACAGCAGCAGUAGUGGCAGCUGUAGCAAUAACAUUGUAGGACAUCCUGCUCCAGGGGGACCGCCUUCAUCGGGACAUCUGGAAAGGUGGGAACACCCUGACGGAAGUACUGGAGGCAGCUCCGGUAUUGCCGGGGCUUCAGGACCAAACAAAGCCGAAUCUUAUUACAGAUGCAGUUCUCCAGUGGUGGGCUACAACUCUCUGGUAAAGGCUUAUUCAGGACUCAGUCUUGUAGUGCCACAGACUCCUGAAUCCUUCUUUCCAGGUGAGCUCGGCACAAGUUCACUGGCUUCAGAUUGUAGCAGUGAAGGCAGUGUCAGCUCAGAUUCUUUCUCUCCUGACCUCGUGUUAGAUGAUAGCCCCAAGUGCCAUCACCAUCAUCCACACCACCAUCAUCACCACUACUCUGGCCAGUACCCCCACCAGGCAAGCUGUGUGUCUUCUAGUCUGAGCCAGCAUUCCCCUCGUGGCUAUGUCCAUCCUCAAGGACUUUGGAGACAACGUGAUUUUGGCAUAGUAGAUACUCCAGCAUCUGUCACCUCUCACGUUUCGCCACGUCACGUCAACACCGCUUCCGUCUACAUCCAACCCCAGCAACAGCUUCAGCUGCUCGCCAAUUUUCCAGGGGAACCAUGUCAUCCACAACAUCCACCCCAAACACCCACAGCUCACGCCCGGUCUCAGAGCUUCCCUCGCAGCCACAAUACGGUGGGCUCCCUUUGGCCGGAACAUGGGCUUCAGGAGAGAGUGUGUGAAGGCUCACCAGUUCAUUUUAGAAGAAACUACUCUGUGCGAACCCAACAACCGCAGCACCAGCAGAACUGGGACCCUAAUUAUGAGCCACCCCCUAAGCCUUACUAUGAUCUGUUUUCCUAUAAGAGUUUUCCACAAGUCCAUGGACACUCUCCUUGGGGCCAGCAAGUUCAUUCAUCACCACAUGGCCUUUUAAUACCAGGUCUUCCGUCGCUUUCGCAGCAGUCUCUUCCAUCUGUCCCUACCCACAAGAGCCACAUGCCCUCAGCAACCCAGCACACAAAGCCAACUGCCUUGGGUCGAUACCAGGACCUUAGGGAGAGGGUGUUUGUUAACUUGUGCGGCAUCUUCCCUCCAGAUUUGGUGAGGAUGGUAAUGACCAGGAACCCACAUGUGACGGAUGCUCAGGAGCUUGCAGCUGCCAUUUUAAUGGAGAAGUCACAGCACAGUUCUUGA